AUGUGCCUGGAUUCCUUCCAUGCAUUGCUUGAGGGCACAGAUUACAUCAGCCCGGGCAGCCCAGCAGAAGGCGCAGAGCUGGCAGCCGAGUUUACCCAGAGCCGGCGGCGAAUGCACUCGAAGGAGAAGAGCGAGAAGGACGAGAAGGAUGAGCCGGGCAGCCCCGGGACCGCCGGAGGACGGAGUUUGGUCGGACGCACCUCGCGACAGCCCAGACACAGUGCUCGGAUGCAGGCCUUUUUGCGGACCUCUCGCCAGUUCUCGCGGACGGCCUUGGUAGAGGCCACGAGCCUGGGCUUGGGCGGCGAGUGUCCGAAGUGCCAGGAGUCGCGAACGCUCGGGAUUCCGAAACACGGUGCCUGCGAGCAUGGGGCGUCCAAGGAGGUGAGCCAAAAUCCUACCAUGGGCAACACCAACGCGAUAAACGUCCGCGACCUCAUCAGCUCUCGAGGUACGGCAGACUCCGCGAUGUUUGCGCGAGGCUCCAUAUGGGACAAGCUCUUCGCAGAAGAGGAGUACUCCGCCUUUGGGGAAGACCAUCACCAUCACCAUGAGCAUCACAGCCUCUGGAUCCGCAUCAGAUACUGGUGUUACCGUGUGGCGUCGAAGAAGAUCUUUGACUACAUCAUGGGUGUGAUCAUUUUGGCGAAUGCCGUGUCUGUCGGCCUGGAGGUCCAGUACUCGCUGCAGAGCGGGGAGGACACCGGGUGGAUGUACUGGCUGGAUUUUUCCUUUGUGAUGAUCUACAUUCUGGAGUUUCUUGUCCGUUUGCUUGCAUGGGGCCUGCACAAGUGCUUCACGGAUCCUUGGUGUCUGCUCGACUUCGCUCUGGUCUGUGUGGGAGUGCUCAGCCUCAUCGCCCAACCUCUGGGUCUUCAGGUGAAGGAGCUCGAGUCUUUGCUGGUCGUUCGCUCGCUGCGGCUCGUGCGCCUCAUUCGAGCCCUGCGCUUGCUGAAGCAAUUUCGGACCGUCUGGAGGCUCGUGAACGGCCUGCUGACCUCUGCGAAUGCAAUGGUUUCGACACUGGUGCUGGUGGUGCUAACGCUGUACAUCGCCGCCUGCUUAGGCAUCGAGAUCAUCACCAAGGAUACUGACCUGAACCAGCAGCAUACGGAGACGGGAGACAUUGUGGGCAAGUACUUUGGAACUCUGCCCAGCACGCUGCUAACCCUGGCAUCGUUCGUCACCUUGGACUCUGUGGCUCCGAUUUACUUUCCCCUUAUCCUCCACAAACCCUUGCUGGGUCUGUAUUUCUUCUUUAUCAUCCUGUUCGUUUCUAUCGCCCUCAUGAACUUGGUGACGGCCGUGCUAGUUGAAGGUGCGCUGGAGAAUGCCUCGGCUGACAAAGAGCUGGAGAAGCUCGACCUUCAGGAGAAGCUGAAGAGCCAGAUGCCGCGGCUUCUGCAGAUCUUCAAGGAUAUCGACAAGGACGGCUCCGGCACGUUGACCAUGGAAGAGAUGGCCAUGGUACCUGUUGAUGUCAUUCCUGCAGAGCUGCGCAACAAGAGCCGAGUAUCUUCAAUGCAGGAGGCCGGAAGGGGACAAGCCACCAAAAUGGCCCGAGAUUCGAUCCAGCGGUACCAGGGGGUGACCUAG